CAUUUCCAAGUUGGUAGCGAAGGUUAUCAAAGAAGCGAAUGUGAUAAAAGUUAUCAAACGAAGACAAGAGAUCAAUUGACAAUUGUGCAGCUGUGAUCAAAAUGUUUAAUGCUGUAAACCAAAGUAAUUCUAGUGAUACUACACCAAGUCAUGAUUCCCAACCCGUGGUAGUCAUCAUUAUAGAACUCAUAGCAUUCACUACUGUGAUAUUAACCGCUUUCACGGGCAAUAUUUUAGUAUGCAUAGCAGUGUACAAAUUUCGUCAGUUACAAACCACAACCAAUGUUGCGUUGGUGAGUUUAGCCGUGACAGAUAUUUUAAUGGUGUAUGUUAUAAUACUGCACGCUGUGAUGGUCAUUGAAGGAAAAUGGACAUUUGGAGACACUUUAUGUGAAGUCUCGUCAAGUAUUGGACUAACCCUGAAUCUCAUGUCCUUGUUACACCUCGCCUACAUAAGCUUGGAUAGAUUUAUAGCCAUUAUUAAACCAUUCCGGUAUCAGGUUUGGAUAACCAAACAACGUGUUAUUAUAACAAUGCUUUGUCUAUGGUCUCUGGUCGUAUUACUCCUGAAUGGCCCGUGGGGAGACUUUGAAUAUCGUGCGAACGUGUUCGGUUGUCUCAAUGGAGUAGAAAGAGGAGAAUUUAAGCUUUCCACCUUCAUCUUGCUCGUACUUUUUGUGAGUUUUCCCUCGGGGUUCAUACUCUUCACUCAGGUGUGGGUGUGCAAUGUAGCGCGUGGUCACGCCAAGAAGAUGAACAGACAACAGACGAACCUGAGGAUAUCGUACAGCGAGCCCACCCCCUCCGUGAUCAGAUGUGACGCAGACACCAAAGCCAGUAGGAGAACAAGUAUUGAGACAACUUUCAGGAGGGAGAUGAAAUCUGUGAAAACAUUUGGUAUAUUAGUCGGGUGUUUCUUGGUUUGUUAUAUGCCGUUCUAUACUGUCGCUACACUCCGAUCAUUCAAUGGUCUUGAUAGCGUGCCUUCGACUGUCCUAACUACAGUCACAUGGAUUGCUUUUGUUAAUAGGUAAGAUAACUAUUCCUCAGUGUUGGUUUUCACUUUCAAAGUUUCUGUGAUCACAGUACGAAUUUUGCAGAGGUAAAUUCUUUGAAGAUUUGUAAGAAAUGUUUGUAGGAACUGACUUAUUGUUUUUAACAGCGUGUCAGUUUCCAAACUUAGAAUUUACCAUCGCCAAAUUCCCACCGCUGUGAUUACAGAACCUUUGACUGUAAACCGGGCUUUAAAUAAGCACAACAAAUAUCGCAGUGUAUCAAAUAACGGACUAUGAAGUUUGCCACACAUCAACUGCUGUCUGUUUACUACCCCGUACAAAUAACAUCAAAGUUUCAUGUAUGACGGGGCAUCAUAAUUUUAUUGGACCAUUUGCAUUAUAGACUAAAUUUUGAUCUAGACAAAAAUUUUAUCACAGCUUCAAAGAGCAUCACAAAAUUAGUAAUAUUCCAAAGUUUCGUUGCGAAAUGUUGUAAAAUGCGGAUAAUAUAGCCAUGCGAAUUUUGCCGUUUUUCAUUUGUAUUACGCACGGGAAAUUGACAGCCCAAUCGGGUGUUGGGGCAUCAAUUUCCCGUUUGUAAUACAAAAUGACUGAAAAUUGCAAAUUUUGAAAGCUAUAUUAUCCGCAUUUUACAACAUUUCGCAACGAAACUUUGGAAUACUACUAAUUUUGCGAUGCUCUUUCAAGCUGUGAUGAAAUUUUUGGCUAUAUCAAAAUUUAGUCUAUAAUGCAAAUGGUCCAUUGCUGUUCGCUAUCUAGCAUGACAAAUAGAUCGUAUGGAUGUACGAAGCAAGAAAACGUUCACAACGACGUAUCCACUGGCUAAGCUCAAACUAAACAACACUCCCACACAUGUUAAGACAACUUAAAUGCCAGACUGUAAAUACGUAAUUUCAGAGAUUGAUAUUGUGUAACAUUAUAUUUCAGUGCAGUCAACCCAAUCCUCUACUCGCUACGUCAUCGACAGUUCAAGACCGCCUUUGAGAAGAUUUUUAAGAAAGGACUGGCACGAAUUGCUCCUAUGCAAAUACCAGACACCACAAGUCGAAGAAAUUCUGUCCUUGGACACAGUUCAAGUGUUCAAGAAGGAACAGUCAGAGGAGAGAAUUCACUUGUAACCGUUAAUUGA